GCAACCGCCAUUUCGAAGUGGUGGUUGUUUAUUUCCUACCUGACAUUCAACACCAAGCUGUCAUUCAUUCUUCAAUCUCAAAGCAAUUCUUCCUUUCGUCUGGGUUCUGGGUUUUUCUAAAAAAGACCUUUACUUUCAAUCUUGGUUCUCCAAAUUCCCUUCUAUUCCUUACCCAAAAUCAUUGCUUUUUUCGAGUUUUACUUUCUUCCAUUUACAAUUCUCUUCUAUACCCUCUUUUUUCUUUGUGGGGUUCCUCUAAUUCUCACAAAAUUUAGUCCAAGAUUGGAUUUUGGCCAUUUUGAACACCACCCAUUUGAUAAAUUGCCUAAGAGAAUGCAUGUUCUUGGUUUAGAAUGGUUUUGAUGGUUGUUUUUGUGGCAAACUCAGUUGGGAGUUCAUAGGAGAAGACCCUUUUGACAAAUUUUGCGUUUCAACACCUAGAGUAGUUACUUUGUAAUCAUGGCGAGUUCUGAGGCACACCCUGAUUUGUUGAGGAAUACCCCAUCAAAUAUUAAGAGGUUGGAGGUUGAGAUUGAACACAGUAAGGGCAGGCAGAAGUAUCUUGCGCAGACUAGGAGUCCUUCCGAUGGAGGUGAUGUUCGGUGGUACUUUUGCAAGGUCCCUUUGGCUGAGAAUGAGCUAGCUGCCUCGGUCCCUCGCACUGAGAUAGUGGGCAAGAGCGAUUAUUUUCGUUUUGGGAUGAGGGAUUCUCUUGCGAUAGAAGCAUCUUUCUUGCAGCAAGAAGAAGACUUGCUCUCUAGUUGGUGGAAAGAAUAUGCAGAAUGUAGUGAAGGUCCAAGAGGACGACCCAGCUCUAGUAAGGUGGAUAAGCAACAAAGUGGAUCUUCUUCGGAGGGUGCUCGAUCAGCCCAACUAUAUGAAGUUGAAGAAGAGAGAGUUGGUGUCCCUGUAAAGGGAGGACUCUAUGAGGUAGAUUUAGUGAAAAGACAUUGUUUCCCUGUUUAUUGGAAUGGAGAAAAUCGGCGUGUUUUAAGAGGUCAUUGGUUUGCCCGUAAGGGGGGCCUUGAUUGGCUUCCACUUCGUGAAGAUGUAGCUGAACAACUGGAGAUUGCAUAUCGUAGCCAGGUUUGGCACCGUCGAACAUUUCAACCAUCGGGUCUUUUUGCAGCUCGAGUUGAUUUGCAAGGCUCUACCCCAUGGUUGCAUGCACUUUUUACUGGAGAAGAUGAUACUUGGGAGGCUUGGCUCAAUGUUGAUGCUUCUGGUUUUUCUGGUGUAAUGGGUUUUAGUGGAAGUGGAAUUAAGAUAAGGCGUGGCUAUUCCACAUCUCACUCACCAAAACCUACCCAGGAUGAAUUACGUCAGCAAAAGGAGGAAGAAAUGGAUGAUUACUGUUCACAGGUACCUGUUCAACACUUAGUUUUUAUGAUUCAUGGUAUUGGUCAAAGGUUGGAGAAGUCUAAUUUGGUUGAUGAUGUUACUAAUUUUCGCCAUGUCACAUCAAGUCUUGCUGAACGUCACCUUACUUCACACCAACGUGGCACUCAGAGAGUCCUUUUCAUCCCAUGCCAGUGGAGAAAGGGCUUGAAGCUUAGUGGUGAAGCUGCAGUUGACAAAAUUACUUUAGAUGGAGUUCGAGGUUUGCGUGUCACGUUGAGUGCAACUGUUCAUGAUGUCUUAUACUACAUGAGCCCCAUUUAUUGUCAGGAUAUUAUUGACUCGGUAUCCAUCCAAUUAAAUCGGUUAUACUUGAAGUUUCUGAAGAGGAAUCCAGGCUAUGAUGGAAAGGUUUCAAUAUAUGGGCAUUCGUUGGGAAGUGUCCUUUCCUAUGAUAUUCUCUGUCAUCAGGAGAAUUUAUCCUCCCCAUUUCCAAUGGAUUGGAUGUACAAAGGACAUGCUAGAAAUGAAGAAUCAUCUCCUGAUGUGAACAACCAGUCUUCUCUGUGUGACUCUUUGACAAAUCUGGAGGAUAAAGAUUUCAUGGUUGUUAAUGAAACUGAGGACAGGGUGGAUCACUUUGAGGACAAGAUUACUUCACAAACAGAUUUAGAUGCUGAAAACGAGGAAGGAGAUGCUGAAGAUUCCUCAAUAAUUGUGGGUCCUAUCAAUUCAGAUUUAGAUGAACUUACUGCAAAGGCUAUGGACUCCAAGCAACCAGGUGGUGAGAAAGAUGUUGAUGAAUUACUUUGUGAUUCUAGUGACAUACUUUCUCAGAAGAGGGAUGCCUUGAGUGAAACUACGAAGAUGGAUUCUAGCAUCCAGAUUGAGGGUUUGGAGAAAAUGACAGAGGACAUGUGUGAAGAUGAAGGCAAUAAAAACAAAGCAAUCAAAUUGCUGAAGAAAGAGAUUGAUUCGUUAAAGACCAAAAUAGUGGAAUUGGAAAAGCAAUGUGGUGGUGGAGAUGCAAGGUUGCAUCAAGGAACUAAGGAGGAUCUUACAACUAUUCAAGAGCAACACAUAGAUGAGAAGCUGCCAUCUGGGCAAGAUGAUGCACCAAUGAAUUACACCCCAUAUAUUAAGUACACGAAGCUUGAAUUUAAGGUUGACACAUUCUUUGCAGUUGGAUCGCCUCUUGGAGUAUUCCUUGCCCUUCGUAAUAUUCGUAUUGGCAUUGGAAAAGGAAAGGAAUAUUGGGAAGAAGAAAAUAUAAGUGAAGAGAUGCCAGCCUGUCAGCAAAUGUUUAACAUUUUUCACCCGUUUGAUCCUGUGGCAUACAGAAUAGAACCACUUGUCUGCAAAGAAUACACCAAUAAACGCCCUGUUCUUAUACCUUACCACAAGGGUGGAAGGCGGUUGCAUAUUGGAUUCCAGGAAUUUACUGAAGAUUUGGCGACUCGUUCUCAUGCAAUCAUGGAUCAUCUACACUCCAUAAGGGUCAAAGUACUCACAGUUUGCCAAUCCAGAAGCAUGGAUAGACUAGAAGAAGAGGGAGAGGAUUCCCAAGAAAAAGAGGGGAGAUCCUAUGGUUCUCUUAUGAUUCAGAGAUUAACUGGAAGUGAAGAAGGACGGAUUGAUCACAUGCUUCAAGAUAAAACAUUUGAGCAUCCAUACUUACAAGCCCUUGGAGCACAUACAAACUAUUGGAGGGAUCAUGAUACCGCACUUUUCAUAUUAAAACACUUGUAUCGAGAUAUACCUGAAGACCCCAACUCACCUGUGGAAUCUAGUGGGGGCAACUCAAAAGAAGAAAGUGGUUCCACAGGUUGGUCUGAUCAAAGAGAGACUGUUGAUGAAGAACUUCCAUUAACAUUCUCUGACACAGUUAUGGUUAGAAAUUUUUCAAGAAAAGCCAAGAAGAUUUGGAAGAAGCUCUGAUGAUAGCAGCAGUAUUCGAAUUCUUGCUGCAUGCCUUUAGAUGCAUCAUGCAAGUGCAAUUGAUGACAAUGAAAGCAAUUUUUGUUAUUAUCAUAUCACUGCAUUCUGGGCCAAUUAUCUCAUAUUUUUAACAUUGCAGAAAAGUCCUGAAAUUUAUGAUUGUGUCAUGCUGCGAUGGGAAUGCUAGUCAAAGUUACAAUGAAAAGUAUAUGCCAUUGUCCACACCAAGGCUCACCCCUGAAAUGUUGUUUGAGAAUGAGGGGAGUGGGUUAGUUGUGCUAUGUAGCAGAGUAGUAGUUGGUUAAAUGGAAGUAUACUUGAAACUAAUCCCUAUGGGAUUUAGGUGAAAUCAAAUGGACAUAUACAAAAAGUGUAUAGUGUUGUUCAAAAAAACAUGUAGACAGUGACAUACAAUAGAAUGAUAUAGAAAGGUGUUAAUGGAACUCUCUCUCUCUCUCUGUGGGUGAUGAGAAUUGCAAAAGAUGGUGUAAAUUUGUAGCUUUAUUGUAUAAAAAUACUCCUUUUGUGGUGA